AUGGGAAAAAGUAUUAAAGACGAAUGGAACAAAUUGACCAAAGCAGAGUUUAAAGUUCCCGCCGACCUUGAUACUGUUUUGGUACGUUUAAAUAAAUUUACAGUACAAUAUACCAACCUUAUUGCACUCUUAAUUAUCGCGUCUCUUUUUUCUAUGAUAUUUGUCUUUAAACCAUUUGUGUGGGUUGUGUCUGUCACUCCACUUCCUUACAUCGUAUACCGAGUACUUUUAACAAAAAAAUAUGGAGUGAAAAAGGAAAUUUCUAUCAUCGAUGAAAGUCAAGUUGUAAUGGUGUGUGGGAUGGUUGGUGCCUAUGUCGCAUUUUUGGUUGAUUCCCUUCCUGUGCUUGUGUUGGGGUUGAUCCUUCCACUCAUCGUUGUUAUUCCAACAGCUGCUUUCCACGCUUUUUAG